AUGCCGCCCAAGAAGGCUGAACAGCCGAAGAAGAAGAAGCAGACGGUGGAGGACAAGAAAAAAGGAGCGACGGCGAAGAAACAAAUAGCUCAACUCCAGGCACAAGCGCAAUCAAACAAGAGUGCAGAUCAGAAGAGAAAGGACGCCGAGAAGGCGAGACGAGAGAAGGAGAAGGCUGCCGCUGAGCAAGCCAAGAAGGAGGCAGCUGAACUCUUCAAACCAGUCCAGGUGCAAAAGGUGCCUUUCGGAGUCGACCCCAAGACAGUCUUAUGCAUAUUUUUCAAGAAAGGCACAUGCGAGAAGGGCAAGAAGUGCAAAUUUAGCCAUGAUCCUGCGGUUGAGCGGAAGGCGGAGAAGAGGGAUCUAUAUUCAGAUUCUAGAGACGCCGAAAAUGACAAGCAAAAUGAUACCAUGGACAGCUGGGAUGAGGAUAAGCUACGAAAAGUGGUCUUGAGCAAGCAUGGAAAUCCGAGAACGACCACCGACAAGGUCUGUAAAUACUUCAUCGAGGCCGUGGAAAAUCAGAAAUAUGGCUGGUUCUGGACGUGUCCGAAUGGAGGAGAUAAAUGCAUGUACAAACACAGUCUUCCACCAGGCUUUGUAUUAAAAACCAAAGAACAAAAGGCCGCCGAAAAAGCCCUCCUCGAUAAAUCGCCUCUCAAGACGCUCACUCUGGAAGAAUUCCUCGAGUCCGAACGUCAUAAGCUUACAGGCAAUCUUACGCCCGUCACGGAAGAGUCAUUCGCGAAAUGGAAACGAGAGCGUCUCGAUAAGAAAGCUGCAGAGGAAGAAGCCCGUAAAGCUAAAGAAGCCACAGGUCGUGCCUUAUUCGAAAGUGGGAACUGGAAGGAUUCAGAAGAUGAGGAUAGCGAAGAGGAUAGCGAUGACGAGGAUCAGGGUGCCUGGAACUUGGAAGCUAUGCGGAAAGAGACAGAGGAUUUGCGUGAUAGAUCGGAGCAAGACCGCCUCGCAAAGCUCAAAGGCGAGAGCCUUAGCAAUGGAAUCGAUCCGGGCUCAACGUCCGUGGCGGGCGCAGGAUAA